AUGUGUUUUAUCACUCUGGUUUAUCAAUAUGAACUAUUUACUGUCUUCAUUUUAGAUAUGAUGGAAGUGAAAGAGGAGAGUCAAGCUGAAGUGGAUGAGAAACAUCAGAUUGUAAAAAUAAACCAUAACGUUUCACAGAAAGAAACUCUGAAGACAGAAGACAUAAAGUGUGAAAAUAGUUUCAGUGAAGAUGAACGCCCUGCAGAUCACAAGAGGACUCACAGUGAAGAGAAACCUUUCACAUGUCAACAGUGUGGAAAGAGUUUUAAAAGAAAAGAUAACCUUAACACACAUGUGAGUGUUCACACCGGAGAGAAACAUUUCACAUGUCAACAGUGUGGAAAAAGUUUCAGAACAAAACCUAACCUUAACGCACACAUGAGGACUCACACUGGAGAGAAACGACACGUGUGCCAUCAGUGUGGAAAGAGUUUUAUAACUGCAGGUGAACUUAAGCAACACAUGAUGACUCACACUGGAGAAAAACCUUUCACAUGUCAACAAUGUGGAAAGAGUUUCAGAUCAAAAGGUCACCUUAAUUUACACAUGAUGAUUCACACUGGAGAGAAACGACACGUGUGCCAUCAGUGUGGAAAGAGUUUUAUAACUGCAGGUGAACUUAAGAUACACAUGAGGUCUCACACUGGAGAGAAACCUUACACUUGUCAUCAAUGUGGAAAGAGUUUCUCUGUUGAACGUAGCCUUAAGAUACACACAAGGAUUCACACUGGAGAGAAACCACACGUGUGCCAUCACUGUAGAAAGAGUUUUAUAACUGCAGGUGAACUUAAGAUACACGUGAGGACUCACACUGGAGAGAAACCUUACACUUGUCAUCUGUGUGGAAAGAGUUUCUCUGUUGAACGUAGCCUUAAGAUACACACAAGAAUUCACACCAGAGAGAAACCUUACACUUGUCAUCAAUGUGGAAAGAGUUUCUCUGUUGAAGGUAACCUUAAGAUACACACAAGAAUUCACACUGGAGAGAAACCUUACACGUGCCAUGAGUGUAAAAAGAGUUUUAUAACUGCAGGUGAACUUAAGAAUCACACAAGGAUUCACACUGGAGAGAAACCUUACACAUGUCAGCAGUGUGGAAAGAGUUUUUCUGUUGAAAGUAACCUUAAGAUACACACAAGAAUUCACACUGGAGAGAGACCUUACACAUGCCAUGAGUGUGAAAAGAGUUUCAAAACAAAAUCUGCCCUUAACUCACACAUGAGAAUCCACACUCGAUAGAAACCAUUCAUGUGUCAACAGUGUGGAUAUGGCAACAACAUUUAGAAAUCAGCUGAGGUCUUAUUUAUAAAACUGUCUGGAGGAUCUUUACUAAAAGUCUACAUGCGCACAAAAGGCCAAGAUGUCUGUACUUGUGUUCUUGUGGACUUCUGAAAUGUCAUCAGUCGCGACCCAAGUACUGUUCCAAUUCCAAGUUUGCAUUAAGCGAAGUUCAAAAAACAUCCCCUGAUGUGUUCUUGAUCCGCUCAUUUGAUCAAGGAUACAUCAAGUUUUCCAGAACUUCAAAUCUGUGGUCAGUUAGUAAAGAUAGGACCUAAUAUUAAAAUUUCCUCUGACAAUUUUGGAUAUGUGAGUUCAAGUUGAUCAGCGGGCAGUCAGUGUCGUGUACACCGCUGAGGGCAGAUUCAUCUCUUCAAGUCCUUCUGAAAUGUGCCGCUGUCUCAGUGCAGCUGCUCUACCCUUCAGUGUCUGAUGGUCAAACAUGAAAUAUUCCCUUUGGAUAUAUAUCUGGAAUUUUUCUGUCUUUUUAUUCUUCAUAUAAAGUCUGUCAUUUGUUAUUAUUGUUUUAACUGAUGUUAAAGUUAAGUUUCAUAACUUAAAUCACAUAUAUUUUCUAUAGAAUCUUAACACUGAAUCACUGCCUUUGUACUUUAACUAGAUUUUUUACUUGUGUUUACUUCGGAUUUUGGCAUGUUUUUGUGGUGUUGUGUAUUGCGGCAUAGUAUGCCAUACAGAACCGUUUGCCACUGAAUCUGCAUUAACGACGACAGUGGGGCUUCUGGCCUUAGUCAAACGGGGUGGCGUGUAUAUGGUGGGUCAUUCUACAAAAAAGGUGGAAAUGCUUGUCCCUUGCUUUUGCAGACCCCUUAAUCAUUUAAUUUGACCCAAUAAUCCCAUAAUGAUAUAUAUUUAAUAAAUAUAGACUGUCCUUAACAUGAUGAGAGAGUUUAUUUAUGUAAAUUUAUUUUUUUCCCCCUUUUUUUAAACUUUUUUUUUAAUGUCUGGUCCUGAAAAUUGCCCUGUCCCUUUGAUCAUACGUGGAAGUUGAACUGUGUACUUAUUAUUUAAAACCAUGUUUUUUAUAAAACAAAUCUAAUUUACAUUUACCUUUAACCCUGUAUGAAUUUACUACAACACUGAAAUGGUAAAAAUAUUAUAUCAAAUAAAGAUUUGUCCCCCAAA